AUAUCACUAGUAUCAACCGAGAGUCUAAUGCGUUUUACUCCAGUUUUGUUUUCAAAACAUUAAUUUGAAUUCAAACAAAAAUUUCUCAAUUUUUCAUUAAUGAAUGCCGCCGAGCAAGUAUUCGCCAAUAUCGCAACCACCACUCACUCUCCGUUGUCGGAACCCUAAUGAACGACGCUAAUAGAUUACACCACUCAUUCUCCACCGCAACCACCACCACCACCACCGUUCAACAUCCAGUUCUAAAAGACACUGAAACCCUCUUCGACCAACUUUUGUUCAAGUUCUACGAAUUCUUCUCCGCUCUCCCUCUGCACAACCAUGUGCUUGAUACUGGAUUACUUCCAUCUCCGGAUUCACGGUUGUGGCCACUUGUUGAAAAUCUUUCUCUCGUUCUUCGCCGCUCUCUCGUUGUUCUGACUCUUCCUUACUCCGACAUUACGUUCUUCACCAACAAGUGCUGCUGCGUUCUUCGCAUCCUCAAGUCGUUCCUCUUCGUCGAUGUCACUCAACUCCACGAUGGAACCACCGUCCUGCUCUGUCAUAACUUUGUCUCUGAUGUUCCCAUGGAAUUUUCUGAUUCUUGCCGUCCGUUUCUCUGUGCGGUACUUGAGGUAUUUGCAGAUGAGCUUUUAAGACAUCAAUCAUUGAGAAGGUAUCUUAUGACUGCUGAUUCAGUAUCUUCAGACUAUGAAAAGACUUUUGUGUGCCAAUUUAACCAAGGAGAUAUUGUUGUUGUUCUGGAGGUGAUAUCUGCACAUUUUAUCCUGUCGGUUUCUAAUGAGAAAGCAUUUGAGAAUUUCAUUAGUAGAUUAUAUUUGCAUUCGAACGGUGAUUUUAGAUCUCAUGAACUUGGACUUGCUAGUGCCAUGGCAUUGUUGCUUGACCCUGUUGUGUAUUCUGCACCAAAGAUGUUCCAGGCACAUGUAAUUUCAUUGGUUUCUGAAGUUAUUGGUUCUGGCUUAUCAUCAGAGAAUUUGACUCUAGAUACGAGCUUCUACUUAAUGGCAUUUCAAAAAUCUGUCAGUUUGUACUCUAAGCGUGUGUCUAGCUUGCAAAUGGAUAGUUUUUGCAUCAAAUUGAGUUGUGCCUAUAAUAGAACCAUGUUUGAGAGAAGUCAUCCAAGUUUUGAAUCCUAUAUUCAGGAAGGAACACCUACCAGAUUAAAUCAAGUCUUGUCAAAAUCAAAUAGUUCGUUGGACUCUUAUAGUUGCAAAAUGUCAUCUAAAACAAAAGCCGACCUUUUGACUGAGUACAUCGAAUAUAUGAAAGGGAGUCGGUACAUAUUUGCUGAUUCAUGCCGGGAUAAGGCUGCCUCAAUCUUGGAUUACAUAAUCCAUCAAGCUUUCUCUCAAGAUGCUGCUGGAAAUGUAUUGCAUGUAAAGAAAAACACUAGUGCUGAAGAUAUUUAUCUUCUUGCAUCCAUAUUGAAGUUAAUGAGUGUUUCACUGCUACAAGUAAUUAAGUGUCUAAGUAACAGUGGUGAUUCAGGUUGUCUGAAAACUAAGAGAAGUUCCUCUGUGCAUGAUGAAUAUGAUUCCUUGAUCAGCAUCAUCAACCCUUUUCAACAAUUUAAGUUUUGUUUACCCAUUCAGACCUUGCUGCACAAUAUGAUGAAAAAUCAACAAAUAAAUUACCAAGUCUCCAAGUCAAUGUUUGUGCACUUUUCUGGCUUGUUAUCUCUAAGUUUUUACAAUGGUUUCGAUGUGUUAGCAAAGGGGUGCAUAUCUGUAAUUAUGGCUCUGAUGUUUAUGCUUAUUUUUGAAGAGGGAGAUUUAUUUGAUUUAGUGUCAUUCAAGGUUCCGCCAUUGCAAUCUUGUUCAUCUGAAAUUUCGUUGCAUGAAAAUGGAAAGGCGACUGAAAGUAAACAAGUUGUAUAUAAAAUUGCAGCAGAGUUUCAAAAAAUCCGAACAUAUAAUUUAAGAUCAAAUUCCGUAGUUGUGGAUGAAUCUGAGAAGACCUAUAAUAGGAAAAAGUUUCUUGAUUGCAAGUUAAGCAAAAGAGAACCUGAUUAUGAUGAACUUGCAGACUUUCAUGACUGCAGCGAGGGAAAAGAUUAUUCCAGAUGGUUGAAUAACCGUAAAAAAUACCGAAAUUGGAAGCUUCAGAAAAUAAUUAAUUCAAAGAAGAUUAAGAAAGUAAGAGUGUGGAAGGCUUUGAGAUUCAGAAAAUUGAAAAGUUUGCGCUUCAGUUGGAAAAUUGGUAAAAUUUUGUAGCAUGGAUGAUUUAAUGGGUCUGACUUGCGAGUGUAUAGAAGUCCAGAACAUAACUCUAAUUCUUCCAAUGUGUAUGAGAAAAGUCGUGGAGGAUGAGAGAUUAUCUUUAACUUAUUUCAAGUAAGCAACUAACCAAGUUUGUGCUAUUAGUUCUAACUAUGCUAGACAAUAGUCAUGACCUGCGUUAUGAUCUCAAAUUUCUAUUAAUCAUUUUAAAUAGGUAAUAUCUUUAUUGAAAAUAAUUUUUCCCCAAUGAAAGAAAUAAUUUCAAUUUUAAACUGGAAGGUGAAUUGACUUAUUUUUGACCAACUUCUACAAUCGAAUGUGAUCUUGCCUGGACCAAAAUAAUUCAGUGGUAAGUUGGAGACUAACAAGAUGACAAUGUUCAGUGGCAUUUUAUUUUCGAAGAUUUCUUCUUCACUUGAAAAAAUGAAGGGACAAAAUAUUUCAGUGGUAAGUUGGAGACCAACUAGAUGACAAUGUUCGGUGGCAUUUUGUUUUCAAAGAUUUCUUGGUUUAUGCAAACACUUUGACGCCUAAAUUACUUAAUGAAUAAAGCAAAUGAUAACGUCUUUUCUCCUCUGACGUCGUUGUCCUAUGUCACAGUUGUAAAUAUGUGUUAUUGUACUUCAUGCUUUGGGCCAAACUUAGAAGCUAAAGCCGAAAAAACAACCAUGAUCAUUUGCAAAUUCGCCCCUUCUUUAUUUGUGAAAGGGAGUUAACAACUCCAAUUUUUUUCAUUUUAAUAUUCUUGUUUUACCACCUAAGUAAUUUUGAAUUCAACUGAACAUUUGACGAUGAUAAAAGAAUAAAGCAAAAUAAUCAUGAACAUCAUUAAUGAAGAAAAAAAUUGGAGUUUAUCAAAGAGAAAAGCAAAGAAGAUUUAGAUAUUUAAAAGAGAUAAAGUCAAAUACUAAAGCCCUGAAUGCUAUAUUCAACGAAAUCGACAAGAACAUCUUUAAAUUAGUGAACACGUGUGAAGUAGCU